UGCAGGGCCUGGCAGUUACACUGUGGGCACCAUGUCGGAGCGCUUUGACUGCCACUACUGCCGUGACCCUCUGCACGGGAAGAAGUACGUGCAGAAGGAGGGCCGCCACUGCUGUGUCAAGUGCUUCGAGAAGAUCUGUGCCAACACCUGCAUUGAGUGCAAGAAACCCAUUGGAGCUGACUCCAAGGAGCUGCAUUUCAAGAACCGUUACUGGCAUGACAGCUGCUUCCGCUGCUUCAAGUGCUACACGUCCUUGGUCAAUGAGCCCUUCAUGCUAAGGGAGAACAACAAGGUUUGGUGCAGCAACUGCACUGCCACUGUGGAUGCACCCAAGUGUAAGGGCUGCUUCAAGCCUAUCAUUGCAGGAGACCAAAAUGUUGAGUACAAGAAGAUGGUCUGGCAUAAGGACUGUUUCACUUGCAGCCAGUGCAAGCAAGUGAUUGGAUCUGGGAGCUUCUUCCCCAAGGGUGAUGACUUCUACUGUGUCUCCUGCCACGAGCAUAAGUUUGCCAAGACCUGUGCUAAAUGCAAGAAUCCCAUCACUUCUGGAGGUCUCACUUACCAGGAACAGCCUUGGCAUUCAGAGUGUUUCAUUUGCUCCAACUGCAAGAAGCAACUGGGUGGGAAGCGCUUUACAGCUGUAGAGGAUCAGUUUUACUGUGUUGACUGCUACAAGGAGUGUGUUGCCAAGAAGUGUGCUGGCUGCAAGAAUCCUAUUACAGGAUUUGGAAGAGGAACCAGUGUGGUUAACUAUGAAGAUGAAUCCUGGCACGAUUAUUGUUUCAAAUGCACAAAGUGUGCCCGUGGUCUGGCCAACAAGCGCUUUGUUUGCCAUAAUGGAAAAAUUUACUGUGCUGAGUGUCCCAAACGACUGUAAGGAGCAGACAGCAACUGCUGUAAAAUGGAUU